GACCCCAGCGGAUGAACAACAUCCUGACCUCAGCCACGGAGCCCUACGACCUGUCCCUCUCCAGAUCCUUCCAGAACCUCAGCCAUCUGCCGCCCUCCUACGAGCUGGCCCUCAAGUCUGACUUAAGUGAUAAGGAUGUAGAUGAGUACUACACGAGGAAGCAUCAUCAUCCUGAUUUUGGUGGCCGGGGACCAACCCACAUGGUGAAGCUGAAUGCAGAUCCCCAGCAGCAUCAGCAACACCAGCAGCAUCAGCAUCAGCAGCGGCAGCGUCCCCGCCGAGUCCAGAGGGCCAUGUCCCAGGACCAUGUCCUGUCUCCUCCCAGGACACCGCGUCGAGGAGAUUACGGCUUAUCUUCGUAUGGUGUCAUGGCGGCCGCUGCAUACAGCAGCAGUCGCCACCUGUCAGACGAGCAGCUACUGUCAGCCGACCGCCUCCACUCCCAGGAUCCCUUGCUGUCCCCGGCGAUGAGGCGUGACAAGUUCCGGGAGAAGGCGAUGGCACGGGCAAUGUCUCACGCCGACAUGCUGCUGCCAAUCACGCCUGUCAUGGACCGCCACAAGAUGACCAAGAUGCACUCUCAACCCAGUGCCUCUAACGACUCCUACAACACGCUGACGGUCAACCAUCAAGCGAGCACGUCAAAGAGGCAGGCGUUUGCCUCACGACGAACACACACGGUGGACCAUCUACAGUACAUUCCCGGCCACCACCACACAUACCGCACUGCCAGUAAGAACGAGGUAACUGUUUAACCGCAGAAUGGUCAGCUGAAGGGUUUCUGAGACACACCAAUGACGUCAAAAGAAAUCGCUCAUAUCAGCAAGUCUCCUAAGCAGAGGUGUUCUGUCCUCUUAUUUAAACAACCUCCUACAUUAAAACUCUUCCUGCUUUUUAGCACAAGCUUCCUGUGUCAUCCAGAUUUUGGGAAACUAGAAGCAACCCCGGCAAAGACACUUCUCUCUUAGAGCAUCAUAAGGGCUUUGCGCGUUGACACAAAGAGGGAUCCUUCAUGUUAGACGUUUGACAGCAAGAAGAAACUAUUUUUUAAAUUGGACAUGAGACUGGAAGGGAAUUGUAUCAACUUUAUAAAUAUAUAAAUAUACUAUAUUUACUAUUUGUAUUUUCAGUCCUUGUUAUAGCUUUAGAGAUUCUCAUUGACUGAUGUAAGCACUUAAAGUGGUGCCUCUUAAAAUUGUCCCAUUUCAACGAUGAAGUGGAUUUAUGGGUUAAAAAGCACAAUUAAUGAAUUCCCUUUUUUUGUUUGGUUUAUUUAACUCUUCUUCUUUGGAAAAAGGCCAGAACAUAUCAGCUUCUUAGUGAAAACAGAGGUUAUUUCUGUUGCAUAUAAUAGAUAAGUGUAAAUAGGCUAUAUUAGCAGCAUUAAAACAAGAAAGCUGGCCCUUUGGCUAUUAUGUUUUGUUUUUCUUUCCACCUGGAAUCUAUCACGGAUUCCCAAUUAAUAAUUUUAGAUAAGGCAAAGAUCCCAAAUUAAUAUUAUUUCCACAGAUGUCUGCAAAAUAUGUGGAUGUAAUAUGUAUAUGGGGUAUAUUUUUCUCUUUUUUAACUGUGCUUGUAGCAUAGAAUGAUUGUGUACGAAACAACCUUUCACCACUGUUAAUUGGCAGCUUCAGUGUGCAGAUGUAAAUCCACAGGUGAAAAUGGAACCUGAUGGUUGUUAGAGUUAGCCAAAUUUCUGUUAAUACAUUUCCUUGCUUUGUCGUCCACAACGAUGACCCUCCCCCACCCACCCUGCUUAGGUAGUGAUUGGCCGGCUGCUUCCAUCUCUACAUAUCAGGUACUCUGUGUUGGAGCU